UGGUUGGUUUCAUCUGUAGGUACUUAAGUGACAAUGACAUUCAGCAUGUGCAAAAUGUCACAACACAAAAGUGCCUUUAAAUAAUUUACAGUUUUUUUAACAAACAUCCCUCCAUGUGAAAUAAAUAAUAUGAAGACCCCGGGCGAGGAGCAAGCUGAAUCCCCCCAAAAUACAGAACAUGAAACCAUACCUCCGGGCUAACAAAACAUUAAUGGUUCAACAGCUGCGUUCCGCGUCGAGGCUGGGCCGCCUGCGCCUGCUUGCUGGAGAGUUCGCCGCCGACGUGUGUGCGAUGUGGCGCUACGGCGCGCCUUUCCCCACCUUCCUCAAAAUCGUUGGCACGCUCAUCAUGUGCCUACUGUUCAUGUUGCCUAUUCUCUACCCGCUAUUUGUGAUUAUGAUCACAUACUAUACAUUUGAAGGACUAUUUCUCAGUUGGUGGCUGGUGCAACCGUGGCGGUUCUCACUAUUGGCAAUCGGACAGCGCGCGCUGGGGCUGGUGUUCCGGGUGCAACGUGUGCGCGAAGUGUGGAAGGUGCGCGACGUACUCACGCGCGCCAUCCUGCUCGCACACUCCCUCGCCACAUCCAUCGACUACCUCUGCGUCAUGCAGGGGCUCCUCGACGAGGCGUAGACCGACCGCAGCUCACGAGACAUGUAAAAGGGCCGCGAGGUGCCCAGACAUUGUGGAAGGUGCGCAAGUUGCUCCCGCUCGCCACCCUGCUCGCGCACUCCCUCGCCCUCGCGAGGGGCCUCGUCCGUCAUAACCUCUGCUUCUUUGGAAAGUGGAAGAUUAAUAGGCGUAAGACGGACAUUGACGAACCAAAUUAUUUCAAGCUACUAGCCAGUAUGAUAUAGUUACAUGUGACUGUGAAGGAUUAAUAGUGAAUAAUCAGAUCACAAUAUGUAUAAUUACUUAAAGUUCUUACCUAAUCCGCUGAGCCAAAUACUACACUCAACUUAAUGCAUGCAAUGGUAAAUCAAAAUGUAUUUUAAACAUAAAAUUACAAAAGUCUGUUUUGAUUAUUUCCUAAAACUGGAAAAAAAAGGUAAGAUUUAAUAGAAUUCCGCUCUAACCAAGCACCAAGGACCUGUUUGCAUACCUACAUGUAACUAGCUGAAUUGAAAUGAAAUACUCAAGGCACAUUCAUAUACGGCUAACAGUUAGUCUGGCUGCUGGCGAGCCGCUAGCGUCUACCAUUAUUUAAAAUAUUCCGCUAAGAGCCUGGUAAUAGGAGCUGCGGGAGUGAGAGGGUGACAGCGGCAGUAAGAAUGGGGGAUUGAGGUUGGGGGUGGUAGUAAAAUUACCUAACUAUAAGGGAGUGAAGUAAUUUCCUAGCGUCGGCGUAGUGAACAAUUUUUGUGCCUUGAUACCCUCGCAACGCCCAAGAUUCCACUUUUAGGACCACUCGCUAUGCUCGUCGUUCAAUUUUGGAACCUUUCGCUU